AUAGGUCCAAGAAUCACAGGCGAUGCUGUCAGCAUUCUUCUCCGGUCCUCAAUUCCUCGGCGCGGAUACAUGAGGAGAACUGGGCACAAUCCCAAGAAGUGACAUUAUGUGACAUCUUACGUAAAUGGGAUUUCAAGGUGCUCGAAAGAGAAUGGCGGACAGCUGAAGGUUCAUGUGCUGAAUUUUCUUAAGUUUUAACUAAACUUGUGUAGUUGCUGCUAGCGAUAUGGUAAUACUUGGUCGCAUUUUAGUGUUCUUUGGUUUAGCUGCUAUAUUACACGCCGGAUAUUCAGCUGUUCAAUGUAAGUAUAACGCUCAAAUUUAGACUUAGUUUUAAGCUUAUUAAAUCAUCUCUUGAUCGAAAUCCUUCAUUAUGCAUCAAACUAAUAUACUUUUACUAUUAAAUGUUUCAAGGCCGAACCUACUAUAAGUUGCUGGAAGAAGAAUUUCCUGGUCUUCCUCUUGAUGUAAGUUGAUUAGAGUUAAGCACUCGGUUCAGUAUUGAUCAAAAAAUGUUGCAGCUCUUUUUCUUCAACAAGUUUCAAUUAAAUAUCCAACUUGUUGCAUUGAACAGCCCAUCGUAUACCUGCCAACUCUCACGCCUUAGGCGUGAGACUCACGCCUGCGGGUUGAAAACUUCGAUCUCACGCCGGCUCACGCUUGCGGGCCAAUUUCUCACGCCUGGUUGAAAAAUGUGAGUUGUUGCCGUCUUCCUUGACACAAUUUCCAAAAAUAUGUUAACUCAGACCCAUGUAAGGAACGAAAACCAUGUGUAAAAUGAAUAAAUGGCAAUACCUUCCUCGCAAUCUCUGAUUUUUGAAGUGAAAAGCACUGGGAGCCAGCUCGUGUUUAGACGCGUCCUAAGACUUCGGACAUCUUCGGAAGACUUCUGAUGUCUCCGGAAGACUUCGGACUUCUUCAGAAAACUUCGGACUUCUUCGGAAAUCUUCGGAAAUGAUCGUGUCGUCUUCAAAAAUCCCAGCACUUCCAGGAUAAAAAUCUCACGCUUAUAUCUCAGAAAAAGUUGGCAGGUAUACCAUCACUAUUUGCGUUCAACAAUGAUCAACAUGUUGAAUGGCCUACUUCAACAGUCAACAAGGCGCGAGACACUUUUGACUGUUUAACAUUUCUAUGUGAUCAACAUAUGUUGAAUGCGGUGGUACUGGUUUACUGCUUAUAAUUUUAUUAAUUGAUUAUAACUGGCUAAAGCUAGAGUUUGAAAAUGCCUUAAUUAACCUCAGAUAGCCAUAACCCUUCUAGGAAUCUUUACAGUUAAAAAACAAUAAUGGGUUUUUUUGUGAGCUUAAUUUUAUUUCAGGGAGAUUUUUGGUCUUUUUUAUCAUCCUAGUGUUUUUUUUCCAGAGAGGAAAUGGGGGGUUGAUUUUUGUCCCCAUUUAGUCAUCCUCACCAUCUUUGAUUCUGAGUAUCACUCUGUGGGCUCUUCCACUCAUGUUAUGUAUGUCAUGGUUACAGGUGUGUAUUCAGUGUAUCCUAGGGCUGAUAAUUGGAUGUUUGGGUGUAGCUAAAGUAGCUGGAGAAUUUAGGGAAAUCAGAGCAGCUGCUGAGAUGGCCAACAAGUAAGUUUCAAAUCAGAAUUACUAAAGGUCAUUGUUAUAAUAGAGGAUAUUACAUGGGUGCACGGAAAUACAAAAUUUCUCGAUUUUUGAACAAUAGAAGAGAAAUUUAGUAUCUCCAAGUGGCCAUGUCAUGUUCUAUUUAUUAUUAAACCAUUUUCACUAAACUAUUUUUUCUACAAGAGGCACAAUUUUUUGAUGUAACUGUAGCAAUGGUGAUCUUUUCAAGUGUGAAGAUAUCAUGUUUUUGCUCGAAAGCUCACUUAGUAUUCCAUUGUUGGUCAUAAUUUAUAAUAAUAAUAAUAAUCAUGAUAAUCAUCAUCAUCAUCAUCCUCUUAAUCCUAAUUCACGUUAUAAUUUUUGUUAGCUGCAUCCUUGUAGUAAGAGCCUAUUGUAGGCCAUCUCUAUAGUCAUGUAUCAAACUUGGCCUUGAACAAAUUUACAAUAGAAUGGGGAAAACUCUGCUUCUAGCCUCAGUGACACUGUGCGCAAGGGAACACUACACACACAAAAACUGUAUCAUACUUUCUGCAGGAAGUGCCCCAACAUUUUCUUGUAAAUCUUUUAAAGACGAAAACAUAAACAUGAAAGCAUUUUUUUCUUCUCAGGAGCUGGGAAUCCCUUGGCAACAGACCAUCAUUUUACACAUACAGUCAUAGAGGGAAGGUUUUGUUCCAGAAUAAUGAAGUAUCCUGACCUGGGGAACUUGGAUUUCAACCAGUAAAGACUCUUUUUAAGUUUUGAAUACUAACCAACGAUGGAUGUGAGGAGUUGCAUGUGCAACUGUUUGUGGAGUAAAUGUGUCUCUGGAUUAUUUAUCAAUGGCAGCAGGGAAAACUCUACUUUCUGUUAACUUGCAGAUGUACAUAUUUUCUGUUUAAAAGACAGUGGAACCUUGAUAAUUGAGGGGCCAAGGGACUGGUCAACAAAUUUGUUUGCUAUAACAAGGUUUUGUUACGUUGAGGUUUCUUGUCAUGGGUAAAGCAAAUCAUUCUUUACACCAAUGACUUUGUUAUAUAGAUUGAGGUUCAUUAUAUUGAGGUUCCACUGUAGCAAAUGUGUGACCUAAGUAACGAGAAAAUUCUAAACAGUUGCAAAUCACAAUAAAUUAUUCAUUCCUGCUGCCAGAGGAAGAAUGGCACAAAUUCUCCACUUGGCAAAAUGAGAAAAAAAAAUGAUGUUGUGACAAGAACAUGUACGUGUAAUAAACCGUAAUUAUUUUAAGAUCAUGUUAGCAAUAAUAUUUGUGGCUUGUUUUCAGCACACCUAGAAAAUAUCCAUUUUCAACCGUGAAAAUAUCCAUUUAACCGUGGCAGGAUUAGCUCAGUCGGUAGAGCGUUUAACUGCAGAGCGGGAGGUCGCAGGUUCGAUUCCCGGGGCGGGACCAUUACUCAGGGUCUUAAAAUGACUGAGAAAUGAAGGUACUCCCUUUGCACUGCAAUCGGCAAGACCUUCGCAUAGCUCGGAUGACCACGUAGAAUGGCGGUCCCGUCUCCAUUAGGAGACAUAAAAAUAGUGUCCCCAAUUAGCACUUUCGUGCUAAAUACAUUGACACUCAAAUAAACGUGCAUUUUAACCCAUUCGCCCCUGAACCGCCCGUGCAGAUC